CAGGAAAAAAAAACAGAGCAAUUGCUAAAACCCUAGAAAAAAAUGAUGAAUUUCAAGCCGCCGGAGACCAAAACGACGUCGUCGUCGUCUACGGCGGAGAAAGCGUUUUCAUUGAUAUCUAAGGGAUGGAAAGAGGUUCGUUCUUCCGCCGACGCGGAUCUACAACUCAUCAGAAACAGAGCUAAGGAACUAGAGAAUUUCCUUAACUCAGUACCAACAAUUACGGCUACUGCAACUACUACUAUCACUCCGGGAGAGAUAGACUUUGUUAAGAAGCUCCGUCCGAAAUUAUCGGAAAUACGUAGGGUUUAUUCGUCGCCGGACUUUAAUUGGGCACCGAAAGGGAAGCUUCGAAUUGAUUUGUCAGGAAUUAAGAAUGCAAUUGUGACGGAAACGGAAAUGGAAAAUGAGAAAUUGGGGAAAUGGAGAAGAGAGAGGUUUAAGGAUGAAAGGCAAUUUGGGGAAUUGAGUAAUUGGGAACCAAUUAGGGCUUUUAGGAAUCGGUUAAGGGAGAUGGAGGUUGAGAUUAGGAGUCCGAAUUCGUCGUCUCCGGUGGAGAUUUUUGAAGGGAUUAAGAAUAGUGAAUUUAUGGAGAAAGUAAAAUCGAGCUUCAAAUCAAUUUGCAAGGAACCAGAAGAGUCGAAGGGAGUUCCGCCACUGGACGUGCCAGAGUUGUUAGCUUAUUUGGUUAGACAGUCAAGCCCAUUUUUGGAUCAAAUUGGCAUAAGAAGAGAUAUCUCCGAUAAGAUCGUAGAGAGUUUAUGCGGCAAACGGCGGAACAAACUUUUAUUACGUGCUUUACCUGAAGGAGAUUCUUCCCUGAUCGAAGGCGAUAAUAUGAAUGAUGAACUAGAACUACGAAUUGCCAGUGUGCUACAAAGUACUGGUCAUCAUUAUGAAGGUGGGUUUUGGAGCAAUUCUACAAAGCAAAACAUAUCAGAUGGUAAAAGACAUGUAGCCAUAGUCACAACUGCUAGCCUACCUUGGAUGACUGGAACAGCUGUCAAUCCUCUCUUCCGAGCGGCUUAUUUGGCCAAGUCUGAAAGGCAGAAUGUUACACUCUUGGUUCCAUGGCUAUGUAAAUCGGACCAAGAACUAGUUUAUCCAAACAAUCUUACAUUUAGUUCACCAGAAGAGCAGGAGCUCUACAUACGGAAUUGGCUUGAGGAAAGAGUCGGUUUCAAGACUGAUUUCAAGAUUUCGUUUUAUCCUGGAAAGUUCUCCAAGGAAAGGCGAAGUAUACUACCAGCUGGAGAUACUACUCAGUUUAUCCCAUCAAGGGAUGCUGAUAUUGCAAUCUUAGAGGAGCCAGAACAUCUAAAUUGGUACCAUCAUGGCAAACGCUGGACUGAUAAGUUUAACCAUGUCGUUGGUAUUGUUCACACAAAUUAUUUGGAGUAUAUCAAAAGAGAGAAGAAUGGGGCUCUUCAAGCUUUCCUUGUGAAACACGUAAAUAAUUGGGUCACAAGAGCGCAUUGUGACAAGGUGCUUCGCCUUUCUGCUGCUACACAGGAUUUACCCAGGUCUGUGGUCUGCAAUGUUCAUGGUGUAAAUCCGAAGUUUCUAAAAAUUGGAGAAAAAAUGGCUGCCGAAAGACAAAGCGGUCAGCAAGUUUUCUCUAAAGGUGCAUACUUCUUAGGGAAAAUGGUUUGGGCAAAGGGUUACAGGGAGUUAAUAGACCUUUUAGCGAAGCACAAAAGUGACCUUGAUGGUUUUAAUAUGGAUGUGUUUGGCAACGGGGAAGAUGCUCAUGAAGUGCAGACAACAGCUAGGACGUUAAAUUUGAAUGUCAACUUCAUGAAAGGCAGAGACCACGCGGAUGAUUCUCUUCAUAGUUAUAAAGUCUUCAUAAAUCCUAGUAUCAGUGAUGUACUCUGUACAGCUACAGCUGAGGCACUCGCUAUGGGGAAAUUUGUAGUUUGUGCAGAUCAUCCGUCUAAUGAGUUCUUCCAGGCAUUUCCUAACUGCUUGACUUAUAAGACAUCAGAAGACUUUGUAGAAAAGGUUAAAGAGGCAAUGACCGGUGAGCCUCAGCCUCUCACUCCCGAGGAACAAUAUAAGCUUUCGUGGGAAGCUGCAACACAGAGAUUCAUCGAAUAUUCUGAUCUCGAUAAGGUUUUGACUAGUGAAAAAGGCGGUGACAGGAGAAAAAGCAGGAUCAAGGGCAUAGGAAAAUCAGUUUCCAUGCCAAAUCUCGGAGGGAUGGUUGAUGGAAGUCUGGCAUUUGCACAAUAUUGUCUCACAGGGAACGAGUUCGUGAGGUGGUGUUCAGGUGCAACACCGGGAACACGAGAUUAUGACAAGCAGCAUUGUGAAGAUCUCCAUCUCUUACCUCCCCAGGUAGAAAACCCAAUUUAUGGCUGGUAGUUAUAUACCUUAUUUGACCUGUAUAGGUGUGAUGUAACUUGGAUACUCAUAACUCCAAUCCUUACCUGGUAUUAGUGUCGUAACCAGGAUUUUCACGUAAAAAGUAAUUUUGAUCUUAUAUAUAGUGUAAUUUUCUGCAAAGAGGUUCCGAUGUAUCCCUUCGUGCUCCCUAGCUCCACCCCUGCCCUAGUGUUCCAGGUUUUGUUUUGAUAAUUUUUGUAGCUAGUGAUGCAGUUAAACCUGCAAGAAAAGUAAAUAGGAUGUGUAAAAUUUGUAAAAUUAUGAUAUAUCUUCUUGUCUA